AUGUCUUCUUUGAUCGCUCUUUGCUGGUCCUGUGCUCCUGCAGCAACUAUUAUUCUUGCUGGUCUCGGUCUCGUCCUCUUUGCUCUAGUCUUGGUUGCUCUUCACUCGAGAGUUCAUCGAGGGCUCAAGCGUACCGCAGACUUGACAAUUACACAAGAAGGCAUGAUCAACAUUCCUACUUGGAAAAGAUCCUAUGGCUUGGAUGUCCAGCUACCCUAUGUGCGUGAAUCGUAUGCGUUCGAAGAUGUGUGA